UUCGGUCACGCCUCUUCUCGCGCAACGCGAGACUUUCGACAGUGACGUCAGAAAGUAACGUUCCGUGACGCCAUUGGAUACUGGGGGGAACGUCUGAUGCACGCGACCAAUUAACCAAAGAAGGCUUAGCUCAAAUGAUAUAUGCCGUCACAAAUGCAACAAAGUCUCAUCAAAUCAGAGCAUGUUGACCUAUCAGGACAAAUGCAAAUGGAACUGAUGCAGUCUGGCAAUAUACUCCCAGAGCAGAUCCAGUCGCCACAUAUGCAGACACGCGGCAAGCGUGUUAAUGUCUUUAGAAUACUGAAAGCAGCAGACAUGGACCUACCCCCUUUGGACCAGACGAGCGAGUCCAUUCCAAUCACAUGUGGCGCCCUUCAGGCUGUGCUAAUCAGAGAACGAUUUAUCUGUCCGGGAAUCAACCGAGAAUGCAUCGAGUUUGCUGGGCAGUACAUUACACCAAAAACAUUUUAUGUAAUGGCUGACAAGGGAAGCCUUAAGGAUUGGAAAAAUGCCAUUAGAAUCAAUGGCAAAAAAAUCAGAUGCUACAUCGAUUCCGGUGAACUUGACUUCUACAAUCAUUCUGACUUGUGUACCGGACGAUGUAAAUCCCGCAUCGGACAAUCCAAACUGAGUUUGUACGAAACAAUAGCUAACUCUCCAACCCCCAUACAGAAACCCAAUGGUGUGAGCAUGUUGCAAAAACAAAUGUUGAAAAAGGAACGGAUGCAAGAAGUUGCUAAAGAUGGUUAUGGAGAUGAAAAAGAUGUUAAACCAAGCCAAGACCAGCUUCAACUGUUUCAGUUGCUACAUCUUCGGCCUGGAAUGAAUGGAGGUGUUCCAAAUGCGGUCACCGCGGUUACACAGUCAGGGAAGCCAAUAGGAACACCCACUAACGGAACGUUAGCUCCUAUUGGUGAACCCAUGGUGGCCUAUAACACGAAGUCCAUUCCAUUACUCUCUCAGCCAUCACACCAUACUCAGAUUUCGCAUCAGCAAUCAGUGCCUUUAACUCUAGAAAACUUCAAUUCAAGUGUGGAAAAUCAAGAUGACGACGUGACGUUCUGGAGAACUAUAAUACAGCUAGGUCUGUCCGAUGAGUUCUUUAGGGAGAUUAAAUCCCAUCUCGACACACUGAAAGGAAACAUGGUGAAAAACUGGGCCAACUCAAAAGAUGCGAAAAAGGCUUCCCGUAUCGUGAAUGAGCUCGGGAUGAGGCAGAAAUUUGACCUGAAGUUGUUGGCACACAAGCACGAGUUUGAGCGACAGCAGAAAAAACUGGAACGCGAGAUGGAAGUUCUGAGAAAGAAGGUUACAGAAUGCGAACAGAAAUCCGAGCUAUUGAAGCGAAAAAGUGAUUGUUACGAAACUUUGAUGACCAAAAAACUGAAACUGGACGAAAUUCCUUCUGAUAAUGAAAGUGAAAAUUCCCAGAGUAACAUCACAUUCGAGUCUCCUCAUCCGACAAUCAAAUACGAGACUCCCUCACCAGUAUCCACGGAAAUGGCUAAUAACGAAUCACGCACAAAUAGUCCGUUUCCGUCACAAGAAAGUAGUUCCACUUCAUUUGCGAUGUCGUCGCAGGAUAGUUCCAUAGAAUCCACAUUAAACACAUCAUCACAAGACGAUGUUCCAGUCAAGUAGCAUUCCAUUCAUGUUCGGUUAAUAAACUCCAUGAUUUUCCAUUUGAAUGUCUUUUUUGUUUGAGAUUUUUGAUCUCUAGAAAUUAUUGAUUAUUUUAGUUGCAUUUUACAGCAGGUUAUUGACUCAAAUUGUUGUAUUUGAAAUCCAAACAGCUUUUAGAAAUGGUUAAUUUAUUGUUACGAGAUUUUGAUAUCUGAAUUCUUUUAAGAAAAAAUAUGUUUCCUUUUAUUUCAAUUUACUGUAAAUUACUGACUCAAAUUAUUAUAUUUGAAAUCCAUAUUGUUUGAAAAAAUAGUUUUUACCUUGUCAUAUCUUUAAAUUUUAUAGAUUUUUAGUUUAAUUUUGGAUUAAAAAGAAAAUCUUUAAAUUUUGGUAUGUAAAACAAUAGUUUUGUGUAGAACCAGUGUUGUAGUACUAAAAUACUAAUAUAUUGUUACAUACACCAAUAAAUGUACUAGAAUCAUACUUACAAGAUAAUCAAACCAUUUAGAUGAGAAUUCUAUAUUGUGUUGUACAGGUUUAUCACUUAUGCACAAUUUACCUGUCAUGAGGGCAGAUUUGGUUACAAUAUUUUGUUAAUAAUGGGCUGAUUGUUCAGAACUUUGUUAAAGUUAACAACGUGAUUAACAAAAUCGUUGUUAACUGUUAUAUGUGAACUAUGUGAUGAUGUGCUCAUGGGUUUAGAUGAAAAUAGUACAGCUGAAACAGUUGUCUAUAUUGUUGUCAGAAAUAACGAGAUCACAUGUGUAUCCAUUAAACUCCAGAGCAAUAAAAAAGAAAGAAAAAAGUUCACAACAACGAGAUAAACAACAUUGUUCACUUUUAACAAAGGUCUGAACAUUCUGCCCAAUGUUUUAUUUGUAACUUCUGCCCCCAAUUUCUCAUAACUUCUUAAGUCCCUUAUAACAGGAUUAAGCUAAGCUCACUAUUUUUGUUUUUAAUAAUUUGCAUGAUAUUUACUACUUUAAGAGUGUUUAUGUUUUUGCCUUAUUGAAAUAAGCUACUUAAGCCUGUUUAAGCUAAAGAAGUUUCGAGAAAUUGGGGCCAGAACAUUUCAUGAUUAUUAAUCAGUUGAGUUUGGAUCUCCUUUAAAUCAUUUGUUCUCAUUUUUCUUUUUUCAUUUGGUGGUAGGUGAUGCUGACUCCAUCAGGGUUUUGAGUUUGGAUCUCCUUUAAAUCAUUUGUUCUCAUUUUUCUUUUUUCAUUUGGUGGUAGGUGACGCUGACUCCAUCAGGGUUUUGCGUGAUAUAUAAUGACUUAAAGAACAUCAGAAAUCCAAAGACACUUAUACUCAACUUUACAUGAUAUUUAAGUUGCUUUAGAAUUCCAAAAGAACUCGUUGUGUAAUAGAUGUUCAUAAUUAUGAUAUGACCCUUUAUUUACAGGGCUUUCAUUUUAUUUGAAAGUAGGCAUAGCUUUGGGGGACAUCCCAUAUCAGAUUGAGGAAUCACAUUACUUAAAGCAGUUCUCGCAUUGGUCAAAAUUCAUUGUUGCAGCAUUCUACAAAAUUCUAUCAAGUUGAUAUAUUGGCCAAGGAUUGCAUCAUUAAAAUACAAGCAAAUCUACAACAUUUCACACAUGUAGAAGCAGACAAUAGCAUACUCUUUUAUGUGCUAAAUUUUUUUUCAUAUCUUUUCUGUCACAAGAGUUUUUUUGAAAAUUAACAUCAUUUGUUUGUUAACAUCGAUGGUGACCCAUGUGUGAACCACUUUAAUUCACAUGAUUCCUCACCCUGCAUAUCUGGUUUCAAAGGGGCAGCUAACAGGUGGCCAUGUAGGCCAACACUUAUUACCAGACCCGGCAACCUGGUCACUUUGAAACCCUUGUGUAUAUGAAUAAAACUGACCUGUUAUAAUAUAAUGUUACUUUUUAAACAGAUUUAAUUAUUCAUGCAUCAUUUAUUUACAUUUUUCAUAUGUUUUCAUAUUUUUGCUUCCCAUUAUACUGUUUUCAACCAAAGCUAUUAACUAACAGCGCGUUUUUCAUGCUUAGUAAUAUGUGCAAUAUCCCUUUGUAUUCCUUGAAGAAAUCCUUCAUUUUGAAUUCAGUUUUACCACAACUUACAUUUAAUAUGUUACCAAAGCUUACAAUGCUUUAUAUGACAUCAUUAUUAAUUAAGAAGAGUAAAUAAUACAUAUUUAAUAUUUUUCUUGACAUUAUUUGGUCUUUAUUAUUGGGUGCGAUGGCCGAGUGCUUGGUGAAUCAAACCUCUGGGUUCGAUCCCCACUCUGAACUCCAUCAAUGAUUAGUAUUGGCUAUUUCCCAGGAAUGGUAUAAUAACAUGUACAUAGCAGCUUUUCAAAACUGUACAUAUUGUCACCUCUAAAUAGUGCAAAAACUCAAUUACUGCAUAUAGAAAUAGAAACAGAUAUUGAGUUCUGCCAUUAAGGUGGUGAUAUGUUCGUUGCCCUAAAAUGUUCUACAGAGCGUACAUGUAUGUAACCUGCUCAUCAUUGCAAGAUAACUUAAUUCAUAUUUAAACCAUUUUGCAUCAAAUCGUCUGAAUUCCAUGUAAAUAUUUGUUCGUUUUAACCAAAAUGAUGUUAACAUGCUUACAUGAAUUGUACACUUGAUUUUCUGAUGCUGGACCAUGUACCGUAUGUGCUGGAUCAUGGAUUUGUGUAUCAUCCAUUCGAUAAAAACAUUUAUCAACAUGUACAGUAUAGCUUUAAUUGUUACAACUCUUUGACUGUUUGUUACAUAAUAAUUAUUUAGAAAUCCACUUAUGUACCAGUUAUUUAGAAUUCCACAAUUAUACAAGAUAUUUAGAAAUCCACCAUUAUAUAAUUUACUUGUAGUUUUUCAAAGAAGGAGCAUAAAAUUUCACCCAAAUUGCAAAUAUUGUGUAUAUGCUUUUCAGCAGUUUUCUUCUUUUUAUCCCAGAGCAAAAUCAAAUAUGUAAUGUCAUGUGAUUAUAUAUUUAUACAUGUCUGUAUGGUAUACAUUAUAAAUGACACAUACUUUAAUUCUUGACUUAAAAAUAAUUCUAAUCAUACUAACAAGUGUAAGCUCCUUGAUUUUGUUUUUCAAAUGAGAGAUUAUUCUCUUUGUGAAGGAUUUCUGUUAGUUGCUAAAAAUGCUGUUUUUCUUUUAACUUGCAGCAAUUUUGAGAACUGGAUUUGAGAUUUUAUUGUUGUAAAUGUGGCACGCUGUUACUCCGAAAUUCAACGACAAUCAAAUUGUUUUUCUUGUAAAAUAUAGAAGACGCAUGUAAUCAGUUUUAUUUCUGCCAACAUAUAAUGUGUAGUCUGCUUCCCUUGUUAGAGUUAUGUAAAUAAAAUGGGCUUGCAAGAGCACUGAAUUGUAAUAUAUUUUUUGAAAAUAAGAGCUUUAUUGGUAUUUUUUGUUAAGAUUAAUUUAUUUUGCAGUUUGAUUUGUAACGCUUAAAUUAUUUAUAAUAUAACUUAAAUUCUAGUUCGAUACUCUGUGUAUCGGGUUAAAACUUACGGAAACUUACUUACAUACAUGUCAUAUGAGCCGCAUCACACGAUUUAGGGCCUUCGGACAUAAUUAUUACAAAUGAAAUAAUCAUUUAUAAAAAAUGCCAAAAAUAAUUAUUUUUUCUAUGUUUAUCAAUUUCUCCCAAACUUCUUUCUUUUAGAGAUUUGUCAUUGGUGCAUCAUUUUCUCGACGAUUUAUGACCAUUUGUUUACUCAUGUUUCCAUAGCAACCAUGGAAUUUGUCCCGACAUAUUUUGACUGCAUUAAUAGUCUGUGUUUAAAGUGACCAAAUGCAUUAAAAAUACAAGAAUGAUUCAUCAUUUUUAUCUUAAUUAAUGGUCCUUAAAGAUUCUAUAUUAACUAAAUAAUUUAAAUUAUAAGCUAGUUUUGAUAUUGAUGUGUUAAAUUUGCAUGUCAGUUGAAUAAUGUGCUUUCCUAACGAUGCCAUGUGCAUGACGUCAAAUUUAGUAUUCAAAAUGCGCAAUACAUGGUCUCACUUGUAAACACAUAUCUUACACAAUUUAAGUGAUAUCAUCAUGAAAAUUUCAGAACUUUUUCCUGAAAUAUCAUUUAGUUCAAGUAUCUUAAAAUAUUAUAAUAGCAAACAUAUGACCGAAGGUCCAAAAUCGCGCGAUGCAACUCAUAUAUACUUUGUCUUGCUACAGAUUUGUUUCAUGUUUUUAAACAACAUUCCAGCUAUGAAAACUAUAAAACUUUCAGUGUACAUUACACCUAAUAUUUAUUUUCUAACCACUGCCUUUUUAACCAUAGUUUGUAUAAAAGUCUGUGCUCUAACAAUGAAUUUGUUGCUUAAAUGUUUAAACAAAUAUUUUAAAUCCCAGCUCAAUGAGUGUAAAUGAUGUGUCAUAAUAAUUUUUUAUCAUAUUCCUUUUCAAUUUCAAUCUAAAAUAGUAUAUGAUAAUUUAUAUACAUAAAACAUGUAAACUGGAAAAAAAUAUGUAUUAUUCAGUUUUUGAAUUGGUAACUCACAGUAGCGUAGUGUGCAAGUGCAAAUCUACUUCUGCAAUAAUACAGGAUGGACAUAAGGUGUUUUUUGUCAAAUUCUAAUACUUAAAUUAAGUAUUUUUUAUUUAGAAAAUAAUUUAAAGGUAUGAAAUGAAAGAAAUGCUAUGUAAGUCAGUCAAUCUGAAGGGAUUUUAUCGGCACUUGUUGCUUGAGUACAAAUAAUAUGAACUUAACACAAGCAACUCCAGGAUAUAUUGCUUAUAUCCCUAUUUAUUAAACAAAUAAACAUGGACAGAUUUUCUUAUUCAAUAUUGUUGGUAUCAUGUAUAAUAUUUUGCGAAAAACAUCAUAAUCAUAACUUUGUGUCACCUCUUAUGUACUGUUACAUGUAAGAGUAAAUUAUUCCAUUAACUGAGGUACUAAUCUUCAGGAUUAAUCCUAAAAUCUGGAUCGAGAGCUUUCAACUCUAGAUAAUUGUACAGUUGAAAUGAUGAUUUUUUUGCUCGGAUAUAAAAUUUGCAUUAAAAAAUUAUUCAAGAUUGACAAUUAUUAGGUCUAAGAACCCGUACAUAAAUUUGAUUUACAAGCUGAGCAAAACAAUGGACAUUAUGUGAAGUUUUGAUGCCUGUGUUUUUGCUCAUAAAAAAAUAUGUUGUUGUACACGUGAUUAUAUCAUCAUGUAAGAACAUUUUAAAAUCAGAAUCAGUGGUGAAAGCUUUAUUUCCGCAAUUUGAAAAUGAUCAGGCUGUUUCCCUUUCAAGCCAGAUUCUUCCAAUUAAUUUCUCGUUUGUCAUUCCUAGCCUUGUACAAUCAUGUUGCUCUAUUUUUGUGUUUGAUGUUACAUAGGUGUAGAUUAAGCAUAAUUUUCGUAUUAAAAUUGAUCUAAUAAAAAAUGUCAGAACUUCUGGACCCUGUUUCAAUAAAGAUCGUAAGGCUUAAGAUUGUAAAUUACCAGGCGUUACCUUGUUUAGGGUGUAAACUUGCAAAUUACCAGUUGGUACCUUGUUUUGGGCGUAAACUUGUAAAUUACCAGGAUUACCAUGUUUUGGGCGUAAACUUGUAAAUUACCAGGCGUUACCUUGUUUUGGGCGUAAACUUGUAAAUUACCAGUUGGUACCUUGUUUUGGGCGUAAACUUGUAAAUUACCAGUUGGUACCUUGUUUUGGGUGUAAACUUGUAAAUUACCAGUUGGUACCUUGUUUUGGGUGUAAACUUACAAAUUACCAGGAUUACCUUGUUUUGGGCGUAAACUUGCAAAUUACCAGGAUUACCUUGUUUUGGGCGUAAACUUGUAAAUUACCAGGCGUUACCUUGUUUUAGGCAUAAACUUGUAAAUGACCAGGCGUUACCUUGUUUUGGGCAUAAACUUGUAAAUUACCAGGCGUUACCUUGUUUUGGGUGUAAACUCGUAAAUUACCAAGCGGUACCCUGUUUUGGGCUUAAACUUAUAAAGUACCAGUUGGUACGUACCUUGUUUUGGCGUAAACAGUGUUUUAAUAAAAAUUCCUAAAGGAUAUUUAUCACAUACAUUCUGCCUGUAGCUUUAUGAGUGUGCCUGAGUUCUCUUAAGCAGUCUAUGACUAAAUCACUUAUUGAAACAGCUUCCAGAAGUAUAACCGCAGCAGGGGAUUUGGGUUUAGUCGACAAGUUUUGACGACUGUGGGAUAAUGUAACACUGUAUUGCAGCAGAAUUGAUUUUCCACAACUUACAGCCAGCAGAUUUUAGUUCAGGCUAGCUAAGGGGUGUUGCCAUUUGGUUCAAUAAUUGUGAAUUUGUAUUUUUUAUCCGGUGUGUACAUAUUUGAUCAUGUAUAUAAUGGUUCUCAUUUUUUUAAGAAAUCCUUUAGAUAUAUUGAAAUCUUCACUUUAUUGCAUUUAUUUGUAUUCUACCAUUGUUCAAGAAUAAUAAAAAGCUACAUUUCA